UCGCACGCAAGCACUCGCCCGCCCACGCUCUGCUUUUCAGUUAAAUUACUUUGAGAACUCUGGCCCAAAGAAGAAACAUCAACGGAGCGGCCGAUCGGAGACAAUUGUUAGUUGAGGCAAAAUACAUCAGUUUGAACACAAGUGCGCCGUUGCUCUUUUCCGCUGGUGUUGGUACGAGUAUAAAGAAAAGUACACGCGAGCGAUCGUAUAUUUUUGGCUCAGCCUGCGCCGGAAGUUUAUUUUCGUCGUCGCAGCCAGCAGCAGCAGCAGCCGAAAGUUUCUCUCUCUAGUGAACUUACGAGUGCUGGAAAUUCUCUUGUGCGCGCGCAAGAAGCUUAUUUAUUUAUCCGUGCAGGCUCAUACCCACUGCCUUCCUUCCGCUUUUUUCUUUCACUUUCCAGUAACCACGUCCAAACUUGUGACGAAGCCCACUGAAUUUUUAAUCAGGCCGGCUUUCAUUAUUUGAAGCUCGAGGCAGCGCGAGCGAGCAUAAAUUUUCGCGCGUCGUUUUGGCGUUCAAGCCCUCAUGAAUAUGGUACAUCGUCUGACGCGAGAAGGAUAAGAGGAAGAAAUGGGACACUUGCAUGGGACCGAGAGCUGAUAAUAUCGCUGGCUCCGAGGCAGAGAAAAGGAGAACAACAAAACUAUCGCGCGACGCGUCGAGUAGGCUUUGCACGAUGGCAGGCCUGUAUAUCGUCUGGGUGGCACUGUCCACGCUAGCAUCGAUACUCGCUUGCGCUGGAUUUUAUCUGCCUUAUUGGAUUCAGGGUAAGCUGUUAGGUAAAGCGGAUGCCUACUUCAGUUCGUUUCGCCGCUGCAAUUACCCGAGAAUCCGGCCACCCCGCAACGCCCCGGAGAUCGUCUACGAGUGUGCAAGAUACUCGAGCUUCUGGGACAUCCCAAGUCCGUGGUGGCAGGCGAGUACUGUGACGAUGAGCUUUGGCUUGGCCUUUGCGGUCAUCGGUACCCUUACCCUCCUUGCCGCUGCAGUUUCCUUUUUGCCGCACGUACUCAAGAGCCCAAGGCACACCCGGCUACUUGGAUCACUUCAACUCGUCGCAGCAACGAUGAUAUGCGGAGGUCUGAUAAUGUAUCCCGUCGGCUGGGAUAACCGAGAGGUACGAGAAUCCUGCGGCAAGGGAGCCAAUGUCUACAAUUUAGGGAGGUGUUCGGUAUCUUGGUCGAGCUACCUACUGAUAAGUUCGAUAGCUUUGCUGCUACUGUGUUUCGGCUUGAGUUUAUGUGCAGCACGACACAAGCCAAAUCCCGAGGACCCGCUGCGCAUCUGACACUUAAGAAAGUCGAUUGACGCUUACUCGGCGAAGCAUCAGGAAGCUUCGGCAACAAAGCUGUCCAUCGUCACGGUUUGUUGAUCGCGAUUCCUUCGGCGCCUUUUACGGCUGCCGAUAUUCGUUCUUCGUCUCUUCUGCAACGCUCGCAGGUGAGCGAAUAACCUACAACCCCGUAACCCUGUACAUACAUUGUUAUAAAAAAAUCGCUUUACCGGCGGUCGAUAACUCGUAUCAAAUUACAUUGUUAUGCUGAUCGAUCAUUAUAGCUGUUGACGUGGAAAAAUCAAAAGAAUUUGAUAAAAGUAUUACAUGUUUGUACAUAGAGAUUUUCACGAUUGUUUUCCGGGAAAUUGUUGAUGAUUUCAAACAGGACUGCAUUUUGAUGCAGCUGACAAUAUUAAGAUCUGGUGUUCGAUACUUAUUAUGAAGAUAUAGUUGACUUCGGCAGAAUUGAACGUCUUGGCCUUACUUAAUUUAUAUUCGCUAUACAUGAUCUAUUUUUUAACAUGCUGCUUCGCAUCUAUGAGUAUACCUUAUGAAUAAAAUCAGAAUGCCAUUUAUAGAUGUUUUUAUAUCAUCAUACUAAUCUCGGAUUUAUCAUAAAAGUAACUAAAAAAUAUACGUAAAUUUCCGAUCUUUAACAAAUAAUAGCCAAGCAUAGAACAAAAUGACAAACGAAAAAAAAACUCACUCUAUUGAUUUUAAAACUAAAUUGGCAUAAAAUUAAUCUCAGGUAAAUUUCUCUCUUCCGAUCUCUGAAAAAU